CUUACGCAAACCAUAGUAGUGAGGUUCCCUACUGCCAAAUGAGCAGCAGAGCCAAUCAGCAGUCCGCGUUUGACAGGUCCCUUGACGUUGCCAUGGUCACGGGGUCACUGACGGCCUUGGUAGUCUGACAGGUGCGUGACAGUUGAAGUCUACAAUAUGUACGCGAAGGGGAAAGGUUCAGCGGUACCUUCAGAUGCUCAAGCACGUGAAAAGUUAGCGUUAUACGUGUACGAAUAUUUAUUACACGUAGGAGCUCAAAAAGCAGCACAAACCUUCCUGUCAGAGAUAAGAUGGGAGAAGAAUAUAACAUUAGGGGAACCCCCGGGGUUUCUGCACUCAUGGUGGUGUGUCUUUUGGGAUUUGUAUUGUGCGGCGCCAGAGAGGAGAGACACAUGUGAGCAUUCAAGUGAAGCGAAAGCUUUCCACGACUACGGUUUCGUCAAUUCCGGGUAUGGCGUAAACGGAAUAGCGCAUAAUGCCGGCCCAGCGCCCAGUCCGUUGGGUCAAAUGCCGCCAAAUGAUGGCUUACCUGGUGGACCCAUGCCUCCAGGAUUCUUCCCUAACUCGACCAUGAGGCCAUCACCGCCGACGCAUCCGUCUUCACAGCCAUCCCCCCACCCUCAGCCCCCACCCCCGCAUAGUCAAAUGAUGUCCAGCCAGUCCUUCAUGGGGCCCAGGUACCCAGCAGGGCCACGACCUGGAGUUCGGAUGCCACAGAUCGGUAAUGAAUUUAAUGGGCCUCCAGGACAGCCAAUGAUACCAAACAGCAUGGACCCCACAAGGCAAGGUGAAGGCGGAGAGUUUGUAGGUUGGCAAGGACCGCCAGGAAUGAGUCCGAUGAAUCCUCGUAUGAACCCACCAAGAGGGCCUGCCAUGGGUCCAAUAGGGCCAGGUACUUAUGGAUCAGGCAUGCGAGGCCCUCCACCUAAUAGCUCUCUGGGUCCUGCAGGCCCAGGGGGGCCCGGUGGGCCGGGCGGACCCGGAAUGCCACCCAUGGCAAUGGCUGGGCCGGGCGGCAGACCACAGUGGCAACCUAACACAUCCACACCCAUGAACUACUCUUCGUCCUCACCAGGCAAUUAUGGCCAGAGUGUCCCCGUCAGUGCUGAGACAGUGGACUUGCCCAUGCCAUGUGCACACACCCAUCACUUGGGUCCUCCAGGUUCUACCGGGCCACCCGGGCCUGGCACACCCAUCAUGCCCAGCCCACAAGGUUCUGUGGGUCCCUAUUCCCCUGCUAGCCACCGAAUGCCCACUCCCAGUCCUGUGACAAGACAAGACUCCUCAAAUUCUGGCGGUGAAAAUAUGUACACAAUGAUGAAAUCUGUGCCUGGAGGAAACAUGCCAGGGGAUUUUCCAAUGGGUGGUGGGCCAGAGGGUGGACCCAUGGGACCUAUGGGGCCCAGCACCAUGGGCCCAGUGAUGAAUGGAGAUGGUCUUGAUGGGAUGAAGAACUCUCCAGCCAACGGUGGGCCUGGUACUCCACGGGAAGACAGCGGGAGUGGGAUGGGAGACUACAACUUAGGGGGCUUUGGGGGACCUGGGGAAAAUGACCAAACUGAAUCAGCCGCCAUUCUGAAAAUUAAGGAAAGCAUGCAGGAAGAAGCGAAGAGGUUUGAAAAAGACUCCGACCAUCCGGAUUAUUUCAUGCAAUAACACCCCGUCCCUGGCCCAUCCCCCUCCCCUCCCGGGCUCCUGUCCACUCGCAGGCGGCCCUUCCCCCCUCCAGUCCCGGGACCUGGAAACAGACGCAGAAUCAGAUUGUUGUAAAAUCAGAUUGCAGUCUACACACUUACUGCUAAAGGAUGGAUAAGUCUGGAGGCAGUGGUAAUGUAGGAAAAUGGAAUUUCUUGCUCCCUCUUAGGACAUUUGAGAGGUUAUGUUUUAGUUUUGAAAUAUUGGUUUGGUGUUUCUUGAAAAGGUCCGGUUGUUGCUGAACAUGUUCCUAUUUUCCGCGAGAAGGAGAGACUAGCAAUCUGAUUCCUUAAGGUAUUCUUCAAGUGUCAAUGACAGAGCAGAUAAAAGUGAUUCAGUGACAGUGCAAUUUGAUUUGAUUUAGAAGCACGACUGAAGCAGUAUGUAUCACGAAGAGACGAGCAAAGGACUUUGAUAUGAAUCAACUUAUCAAACAAACCAAGGAGCUUACUUGCCCAUGUGAAGGAAUUACAUACAAAGUUGUGUCCUGUAGUGGUAGCUCCACUCGUGCCCCGUCUUAUCCGCUUUUAACCGUAUAAAACUGAUGUAUCUCUCAAAGUAAGAACUCUUAUGCCAGGGUUCAUCAGAUAUACAUCAUUUUUUAUAUAAUUUAUAUGCAAACAAAAUGUCCUGUUUAAAAUUGGUAUUUCUAUCAGUUAAGGAACAUGCCAUCUCUUUAAAUUUUAGGAUUAUUUAAACGACCAUGUUCUGAAACUGUUGUGUACAUUUUGUGCCACUUGUAUGUGUACCUUUUGGUGUAAUAUUGCCCCAUCUCUAUCAUUCAUCUCUUUGGCUACCCAGGGCAUUCAUUACCUUAGUUUAGGAUAUUCAAAUGAAGGCAGGGAUAUGACCCUAGAAUCUCUUGGGAGGGGCAUAGUAUCAGGUCUCGUGCUGCCAUGUCCAUUUUGAUUGAUGUUUCUGGUUCUUGUCCAGUACAGAGGCCCUUAAUUUUCUUCCAUCUUUAGGAAACAGCAUCUUGAUUUCAAACACUGCGGUGCAGUUGGGUUUGUUUGUUGGCUGCAAAUAAUGCCGAGUUCUGUAAUUAAGUUAAUCAAAUUUGGGUGGAAUCGAUUUGUGAACAUGUGGAACACAGUCCUGUGUUCGGGUAGAAACAAACUGAAUCUCUGAGCAGAUUAAUUGUGGCAUCUGCUGGCGUUUAGAACCGGUAAAGUCUGUGGGGAGGUCACCCUGCCAUGCUGUUUGUGAAGUAAAGAUGGGAAUGCUUCCUACAUGGGACAGUUUCUCGGUCUUUUCCUGAUAUGAAAGGAGUCUCUUAAUUUAUAGUUUUUUUCAGAAUGUUGGCAUUGGAAACCUUCCCGUCUUUACAUUGUGACAGCCGCCAUGUUACUUGCUGUUUGACACAAGUAUGAAGUAACUUGAGAGUGUACAUACCCUUGGAUGUAAAUUGUGUCAGAGGCCCAUGUUCGGUCCGAAGUCACACAUUGUAAAUAUAUUUAGUUUUUCUGUAGAAGUGUGUACAAGUUAGCCAGCCCAGUGUUUUGAUAGGAGGGAUGUUUACAGCCUGGAUGAGAUAGUAAUAAUAGUCUGAUAGAACUACAAAACUGGUCUUGCCGUAUCGAAACUCAGCGACAUAAGCAGGAACAUCUGAUACACAAUCAGCAACCUUACUCAAGUCUUAUUUUCAUGUGGUAUAUGACCUUGAUAACUCAAGCACUACUCCAGCAACCACUGUGUCCUCCAGGCAAGCCUUAUUUAUUUCCAGUCUUAUCUUUCCACUAGCCUAAAAUGGGUAUUUAUGAAACAGAAACUCGUCUGAGCUAUUGGGGUACCGUCUAGUAUUUCAUCUUCUUCCUUUAAUUGUUCAUUUCUGAGAUCUUUCAUUUAUUAAUUUCUUUCGUCUUUGUGUUAAUGAUGUUGACUUUCUCUGCAAAUGUCGAAUGACCUCUGCAAACAGUAAACGCCCAACUCUAAAAUCAACGAACAUCAGAAUUUUGGCAGUCAUUAAUUUUUGUAAUUCAUCUUAACAAUUAUAUCCCCUUCGAGUCCCAGUUUUCUAGCAACGGCCAGUUAAGAGUUUACUGGGAAAUGUGCCCAAAAAUUCCAGAAUUGCAAAUAGCUUCUCAGAACAUUGGUAGGGAUUACUGAUGAAGCAGAUGUAUAUACAUUUUAUUGUCAUUUUUGUAAUUCUGUAUGUUCAUGACAUCCAAACAAAUCAAUUUGCAAAACAAAGACUUUUCCAGUGCUAUCGUAUCUACUUUUCUGAAACAUGGACUACAUUCUUUUAUUACUUAUAUCCUAUGUCAAAUCUCCAGAGGAAAAAAGAAAUACAAACUCGUCCCAUUUUGUUGGUGGAGUAGACCUAGACUAACAGUGUAAGUACCGUAGUCACAUAGAAGAGUAUUAUUAUAAUUAUGUGUAGCAAUUUUGAGUAAAAACAAGGCUGGUGCA